UCAAAAAUGGAGGAAAGUGAGAGAGAUUCAGUGAGUGAUCGCUGUCAGCCAGCUCAUUCCCAGACAUCUGAGCAGCAAACCAUAAGCGAGAUCUGUACUCAAACCCCAGAGGCUGACGAAGAUGAUACUAAAACUAAACUGGACAUCAGUUCGGAUCAGUUUGACCCACUUCUUGCUCUGUACUCCCCACAAGUGCCACUGCCAUACCCCAAUAUCAAGUGCUUUAACAACAUAGCCGAAUACGAGAGCUUUAUGAAAGGCGGCCGAGGCAGAGCAAAACCUGAAAAUGUGGAGAAAAAGCUCAGAAAAGCACAGAAGGGUAAAGCAGAUCCGGAGAGGAUAGAGAGGCUAAAGAGACUUAUGGUAAACAACCCGGUGAAGGAGGAGGAGGGAGAGGGAAGCGGAGUGAAGCGAACACCACGACAGAGAAAGACUUUGAAAAAUGUGCUUACACGAAUGCCACUGCAUACUGGUAGUCCACUAGGAGAACUGAACAGAUGUGUCCAGGAGAAAAUCAGAGUCAAGGUUCACAUACGAACCUUUAAAGGUCUACGAGGAGUGUGUUCUGGAUUUGUGGUGGCAUUUGAUAAGUUCUGGAACCUGGCAAUGGUAGAUGUGGAUGAAACAUACAGGGAUCCCCUUUUGGGAGAGGCUCUCUACCAUGAGAAAGCACUUACAGUCACAAGGCUGUUUGAAAAGCUAAAAGUGCAAGAGACUGUGGCUUUGGCUGCAGUUGAGAAAAAGGGAGCAGCGUCCGAUCCCCAAUGUAGUUCAUCUCAAUAUUAUACCAAAGAGGAAAACAAGAAGUGCACUGACCCUAAACGUAACCAGGACGGAUCCACGCUCUUGGAAAAAGACCAGUCAGUCCAAAAAACCUCAAAUGUGACACAAAAACCUGAAAUGAAGCGUCAGGUGUACGGAAGAGUUCACACGCGUCAUGUCAAUCAGCUUUUCAUAAGAGGAGAAAAUGUUCUGCUCGUAAACGUACAACAGGACUAAAAUAUUUAUCGCUUUAUAAAUAUUUAUGGAUUUGCAGUGAGGUCUGUAAGUGUAUCAUAUUGAUAUGUAUGUGAACAACAGAAUGCAUUUUACAGUUUGUUCAUCGUACUGACUUGUUUCAUUAAAUGACCACUAGGGGGAAGCAAGACACCAAUACUUAGUGAGUAUAAAUACCACACAAUCAAAAUAGACUAAUGAACAGAAGUUGUUUUUUUAUUAUUGUCAGUAAAUCUUGUUUUCAAAUUCAAACCAUUUAAAAUGAAUUUUCUGUCAGAAGUUUACCUUUUGCAUUAUGAAGAAAUGACUGCUGAGUGGAGUGGUGAGUCUCAAUGGAUGUGAAACCGUAUAAAUGGGCUUUUUGAGCUGCAUCUGGCACUAAAAGCUUUUUGUCUUUACGUCUCUGAUUGCUAUUUGAACUUGCAGCAUGUCAGCCAUUUACACAUUACUGUAUGAAUUGUUUAAAAACCUUUGUAUUUUUUGUAUAGUGGUGUUAUUGGGAUAAAUUGAGUUACAUUUUGUAUACAAUGCUUAAAAUAUUUGUAUUUCUGGACUUCAUACUAGAACAAAUAAUGCCACAAUUAAUCUAAUCAUGAUUUAAAAUAGUUAUGGUUUAAUAAAACUGUAACACUUUACC